CUCUGCCAAUCCCUCUACUGGCCUCCAUUCAGUGUCCUCCAUCCCCCUCUCUGCCAAUCCCUUCACUGGCCUCCAUUCAGUGUCCUCCAUCCCCUCUCUGCCAAUUCCUCCACUGGCCUCCAUUCAGUGUCCUCCACCCCCCUCUGCCAAUCCAUUCCACUGGCCUCCAUUCAGUGUCCUCCACCCCUCUCUGUCAAUCCCUCUACUGGCCUCCAUUCAGUGUCCUCCACCCCUCUCUGCCAAUCCCUCCUCCUGUGCCUCCAUUCAGUGUCCUCCACCCCUCUCUGCCAAUCCAUCCACUGGCCUCCAUUCAGUGUCCUCCACCCUUCUCUGCCAAUCCAUCCACUGGCCUCCAUUCAGUGUCCUCCACCCCUCUCUGCCAAUCCCUUCACUGGCCUCCAUUCAGUGUCCUCCAUCCCUCUCUGCCAAUCCCUCCACUGGCCUCCAUUCAGUAUCCUCCACCCCUCUCUGCCAAUCCCUCCACUGGCCUCCAUUCAGUGUCCUCCAUCCCCUCUCUGCCAAUCCCUCCACUGGCCUCCAUUCAGUGUCCUCCUAUCCCUGCCAUCCCCCCAGGCCACGAAUCCCUCAUCCUCACCCCUGUCAUCCCCCCCAGGCCACAAAUCCCUCACCCCUGCCAUCCCCCCAGGCCACGAAUCCCCAUCCCUCACCCCGGUCCUACAUUUGGUUCUGCUAAUCUCUCCAUGUAACAAUAAUCCUCCUUCCCCAUCUUGGAUCCCCGGCAUGGAAGACAGGCGACAGCUCCUCCCUAAUCCUCCAUCC